GAUGGGCAGCAUAUCGUGCUUCUAGAGCCAUUCGUGUCCUUUGUUUGCUGAACCAACUCGUCUGCUUUGUUGGUCAAGGACGAAGGUUCUGACUUGGUCAUUGGGUUGGGCAUGGCAGUAUCGAAGUAUUACUUCCGUUAAAUGUACUUUGCAGUGGAUUUCAUGUGGAAUUUACCUCACAUUUAGCGUACUUUGCCUGGAUUUAUGUGAAUGUACAUGAUGCAUGUGCUAUGUACCUUAUGAAACCAUCAAUUACUCGGAUAAACCACUGGUUCUGAACUUCUGAAUUCUCAUUACAGCAGUUAGUCAGUGACAACACGGCGUUCAGUUACAUGGCAUAUUUGGUUUAUGGUUUGCUAUUGCCAGUUUGUCACUGCAUGUGAGAGGCCAGCGGCUGGCCUGCAGAUUUGCAGAAUCACAUGUAUAAGACCUGUUUGCUUUAGAUGUACUGUUCUAAACAUGGAUCUACCGUUCUUGUAUUAUGCAUGCACACUAGGAAGAUAUGAUAAGUAACUUAUGUUAUGUUGCAUCUGCGUAAUUCUUUUCGUGCAUGGAUGGAAGCUGUGAAGGGGAAGAUAUGAUAAGUAACUUUUGUUGUGUUUCAUGUGCGUAAUUCUUUUCAUGCAUGGAUGGAAGCUGUGAAGGUUGUGUUGCAUGUGCGUAAUUCUUUUCAUGCAUGGAUGGAAGCUGUGAAGGGUGAAGACUAUCACUAUGUUUUGCAUGAGUCCAUCAUGGCAUCAUGCAUUGUGAUGAUGUAUAGGUCCAAAAGCUAUUGACCAUCUUGCUGGUCAAUGGUGCGGAUGGCAAGCAAGGGAGGCAGCAAUGGCAACGGCGGCCGGGAAGCGAAGAAGCCGGCGCUGCUGCUGGGGCAGUACGAGGUGGGGAAGCUUCUGGGGCAGGGAAACUUCGCCAAGGUGUACCACGCGCGCAACGUGCGCACCGGCGAGGAGGUGGCGAUCAAGGUGAUGGAGAAGGAGAAGAUCUUCAAGUCCGGCCUGACGGCGCUCAUCAAGCGCGAGAUCGCCGUGCUCCGGCGGGUGCGCCACCCGCACAUCGUGCAGCUCUACGAGGUGAUGGCCACCAAGCUACGCAUCUACUUCGUCAUGGAGUACGUGCGCGGCGGCGAGCUGUUCGCGCGCGUCGCGCAGGGCCGCCUCCGGGAGGAAGACGCGCGGCGCUACUUCCAGCAGCUGGUGUCCUCCGUCGCCUUCUGCCACGCGCGGGGGGUGUACCACCGGGACAUCAAGCCCGAGAACCUCCUCGUCGACGACUCCGGCGACCUCAAGGUCUCCGACUUUGGGCUCUCCGCCGUCGCCGAACAGAUGCGCCACGACGGGCUCUUCCACACCUUCUGCGGCACGCCGGCGUACGUCGCGCCGGAGGUGCUCUCCCGCCGCGGCUACGACGCCGCCAAGGCAGACCUCUGGUCCUGCGGCGUCGUGCUCUUCGUCCUCAUGGCCGGCUACCUCCCCUUCCAGGACCGCAACCUCGUUGGCAUGUACCGCAAGAUCCACAAGGGCGAGUUCCGCUGCCCCAGGUGGUUCUCCCCCGAGCUCACGCGCCUCCUCCGCCGCGUCCUCGACACCAACCCGAAGCGCCGCGCCACCGCCGAUGAGAUCAUGGAUAACGAAUGGUUCAAGAUCGGCUUCCGCCGCUUCUCCUUCCGCAUCGAGGACGACCGCUCCUUCACUUGCUUCGAACUGGACGACGACGGCGUCGACGCGGCCACCUCGACGCCCGAGCCCGAUACGCCGCAGACGGAGGGCGGGCAUGCUCCCGCGCAACUAAGAAAGGCGGCUAGGCUUACGUCGUGUGGAUCGGCGCCGUCGCUGCUGCAGCUGGAAGGGCGCAACGGGAUCGGGGGGAGUAGUCGGCGGCGGUCGAGCCUGAACGCGUUCGACAUCAUCUCGUUUUCGAGGGGAUUCGAUCUCUCCGGCCUGUUCGAGGACGGCGAGGUGGAUGGGGGCGGUGGCCCUGAGCAGCAGCACCACCCGGUGGCGGCGCGGUUCGUGUCGGCGGCUCCGGUGGAGCAGAUCCUGUCGGCGCUGGAGGGGCCUGCAGCGGCGGCUGGCAUGGCGGUGCGCGAGAAGGACGACGGGACGAUCAGCAUGGAGGGGGCGCGGGAGGGCGAGCACGGCGCGCUGGUGGCGGCCGCGGAGAUAUACGAACUCACGCCGGAGCUGGUGGUGGUGGAGGUGCGGCGCAAGGCCGGCGGCGCCGCCGAGUACGAGGAGUUCUUCCGGGCGCAGCUCAUGCCCAGCCUGCGCCACCUCGUGUGCGACGUCGAGCGGCCACGCCUGCAUUCCGACGAGCUCUCGCGGAUCCUGUGAUCGUGGCGCGCAUUUCACGCAUACACGCAUGCAUGCAUGUACGUCCUUCCGGCGUCCGUUGCUCGUUGCCACGUAUACUUGCUUAGUUGUAUUGCCCAUGCAGUUACGUGUAGAAAUGUACGUAUGUAUACGGACGCGACAAAUUUCAUAUAUAUACACUGGUACACCAGAACUUUUUUUUUUUGCAGUGUUGUGGUGUAUUUGGGAGCUUCCACAACACUGUUGCGCAUAACAAAAAGGGUGAAAGCUGGCCGAAACAAAUGUAAUUUUUUGUGUAUUAUGUGCUUGUGUAAUAGCUAGGAGGUUUGUGUAUGUUUGUGAUAAUAGAUGUUUUAUUGAUGUGUAUCAA